AUGUUUGCUGGCCCCCCAAAACCGCCGUUCCUCCUUCUCAGGUCCCGGUUGGACUCUCCGCUCCUUAUCAACGGGGCCCUGUUGCGUCACGACGCACCAUUUAUGUUCAUUGGCUGUUCACCGAACUGUUUGGCUACUUUUACCGACCGGUCUGAGAGAGAGAAGCAAGCCCCUCUGUCUCCGUUACGCACGGACCACCGGACAGCGACCCCCGUUAUCUGUGUGUGAGCGGAGCUGCAGUUUUUUUGAAACGUUUGAUUUAAAGGAAGGAGGAGAAGAGAGAGAGUUUGAGCUUUUAGAGGUGUUGGAGAGCUUGUCUGUUUCUCUGUGCGCGCUGUGUGAGCAGGUCUGCUGGGACCUUUACUCCAGUGACGCGCACAGAGGUUUCCACACAGCAGCAGAAGCAGCAGCAGAAGCGCACUGUUGCUGCUCUCUCAGCCUCUCUCCUCUUCAUGGCACCGAGAGGUUCUGCUCAGGACUGA